CUGCUGGCAGCAUCUGUUUUGACCUUGAGCAAGGUGACCCCGGGUCAGAGCCAGCGCGAGUCGAGCGGCUUGAGACGAAAACAGUGACAGUCAGAGACGGCCGGUGCAAGAUGUCGGUGCCGCAGUCGGACAUCGAGAAGAGGAAGCAGAUCAGCGUCCGGGGCAUCGCCCAGGUCGAGAACGUGACCAACGUGAAGAAGACCUUCAACCGUCACCUGCACUACACCCUGGUCAAGGACCGAAAUGUCGCCACCCCCAGGGACUACUACUUCGCCCUCGCGCACACCGUCAAGGACCACCUCACCUCCAGGUGGAUCCGCACCCAGCAGUACUACUACGAAAAGGACCCGAAGAGGGUUUACUACCUGUCUCUGGAGUACUACAUGGGCCGAUCACUCCAAAAUACUAUGAUCAACCUGGGUAUCCAAGGUGCCUGUGAUGAAGCAAUGUACCAGCUGGGUCUGGACAUUGAAGAGUUAGAAGAGCUGGAGGAAGAUGCUGGUCUUGGAAACGGCGGUCUCGGCCGCUUGGCCGCCUGUUUCCUCGACUCGAUGGCCACGCUCGGCCUGGCCGCCUACGGCUACGGCAUACGCUACGAGUACGGCAUUUUCGCGCAGAAAAUCAAGAACGGCGAGCAGACCGAGGAACCUGACGACUGGCUUCGUUUCGGCAACCCUUGGGAAAAAGCACGUCCCGAGUACAUGUUGCCCGUCAACUUCUAUGGCCACGUCGAGGACACUCCUCAGGGAAAAAAGUGGGUCAACACCCAGGUGGUCUUUGCAUUGCCCUACGAUAAUCCCAUUCCUGGCUACGGAAACAAUGUGGUCAACACUCUGCGUCUUUGGUCGGCCAAGUCACCUGUCGAGUUCAACCUUAAAUUCUUCAACGAUGGCGACUACAUUCAGGCUGUGAUUGACAGGAACAUUGCAGAAAAUAUUUCUCGUGUCCUGUACCCGAAUGAUAACUUUUUUGAAGGCAAGGAACUCCGCCUGAAGCAGGAAUACUUCAUGGUCGCAGCAACCUUGCAGGAUAUUAUUCGGCGAUACAAGUCGUCCAAGUUUGGCUCUCGGGAAGCGGUCCGUACCGACUUUGAGUCUUUCCCAGAAAAAGUGGCCAUUCAGCUGAACGAUACUCACCCCUCGCUGGCUGUGCCAGAGUUGAUGCGAAUCUUGGUCGACGUCGAGGGUCUGUCCUGGGACAAGGCGUGGGAACUGACGAAACGCUCCUGCGCCUACACCAACCACACGGUGCUGCCUGAGGCGCUCGAGCGCUGGCCCUGCAGCAUGCUGGAGCACAUUUUGCCCAGACACAUGCAGAUCAUCUACCACAUCAACUACCUCUUCCUGCAGGAGGUGCAACAGAAAUACCCCGGAGACCUGGACAGGCUGGGCCGCAUGUCCUUGAUUGAGGAGCACGGCGAGAAAAGGGUCAACAUGGCCCACCUUUGCAUCGUCGGCUCGCACGCUGUCAACGGAGUCGCAGCCAUUCACUCUCAAAUUCUUAAGGACAGCGUGUUCAGGGACUUCUACGAAAUGGAGCCUGAAAAAUUCCAAAACAAGACCAACGGAAUCACUCCUAGGCGCUGGUUGUUGCUGUGCAACCCAGCUCUGUCUGAUAUUAUUUGCGAGAAAAUUGGUGAAACUUGGACUGUCCACUUGGAAGAGCUGCAACAGCUGAAACAGUGGGCUGAGGACGCAGGAUUCCAGAGAGCCGUCCAGAAGGCCAAGCAGGAGAACAAGAUGAAGCUGUCCGAGUUGCUGCACAAAGAGUAUGGCGUGGAAAUCAACCCCUCAUCCAUCUUCGACAUUCAGGUCAAGCGAAUCCACGAGUACAAGAGGCAGCUGCUGAACUGCCUGCACAUCAUCACCAUGUACAAUAGGAUCAAGAAGAAUCCCAACGCACCAUUUGUGCCUCGCACCGUCAUGGUCGGAGGAAAGGCCGCCCCUGGCUACUACAUGGCUAAGAACAUCAUCCGACUCAUCUGCGCCGUUGGCAACGUCAUCAACAACGACCCAAUCGUAGGUGACAAGCUUAAGGUUAUCUACCUGGAGAACUACCGCGUGACCCUGGCUGAAAAAAUCAUGCCCGCUGCCGAUCUUAGCGAGCAGAUUUCCACUGCAGGCACCGAAGCUUCUGGCACCGGCAACAUGAAGUUCCAGCUGAACGGCGCCCUCACCAUCGGCACCCUGGACGGCGCCAACAUCGAAAUGGCUGAGGAGAUGGGCCGCGAAAAUAUUUUCAUCUUCGGCAUGGACGUCAAAGAGGUCGAUGCCCUGCACCAGAAGGGAUACAAUGCUCAUGAUUACUACAACCGCCUUCCUGAGCUCAAGCAGUGCAUCGAUCAGAUCCAAAACGGCUUCUUUAGCGCAGGCAACCCUGACACCUUCAAGGACUUGGUCAACGCCCUUUUGUAUCACGACAGGUUCCUUCUUCUUGCCGAUUACGAGUCGUACAUUGCAUGCCAGGACAAGGUGAGCCAGACGUACAACGACCAGCAGCAGUGGACCAAGAUGGCCAUCCACAAUAUUGCCAGCUCGGGCAAAUUCUCCAGCGAUCGCACCAUUGCCGAGUACGCUCGUGAGAUCUGGGGCGUUGAACCCUCUUGGGAAAAGCUGCCUGCACCUCAUGAGCCCCGCGACGAUGAAGCGGCCAAGUAAAGUUAAUAGAUGCUGUAAAAUCUCACUCACAAGAUCAUGAUAAAAAUAUACCAAAAUCAUUUUUCUUAUUUUGAGAUGCCAUACUCUGUCUUGUUGAUGUUGCUGUUUUGCAUUUCACAGUUUAUUAAAAAGAAUAAUACGAAGUAAAUUGUUGUGUAACUAAAGUAGGUCACAUGCUCGUCUUGUUUUAUGUUAGAGGAAAGACGGGGGAUGUGUUUUGUUGAUUAUGUGCCAUGAUGUCCAAAUCAAAAGAGUAAUAAAAUCUACACCAAAUUGA